AUGACACAUCACAAGCAUCACAAGCACGAGGAUCCUCCGCCUCCACCAUGUCCUCCACCUCCAUUGGACCCUUGUGCACCACCAUGUCCAGACUCCCCACCUCCUCCCAUAGUUAUUGUUGAACCUCCACCGCCACUGCCACUCGAUCCUUGUGUUCCACCUCCUCCAGUGAUUGUUUAUCCUCCACCACCACCACCACUCGAUCAUUGUGCUCCACCUCCACCAAUAAUUUUAUCAUCUUUGCAUCUUGUUUCAUAUCUACUUACCUCCAUGAGAUAUGCGUCAAUGAUGUGGCUUGUUGGCAUGGAUUAA